CUUUUUCAACUUCUGGAUAUUUUAGCCAUAAUGCAACCGAAAAUCCUUGAUACUGGUAGCGCUGUUUGCACAUCUGGAUUUCAAACAACUUUUACUGCUACUAAUCUAGAAAUAAACAUGGGUUCUCUGUAUUUCGAAAAUAAUGAAAACCCAACUAAAUCGAAAGCUGAAAAGUCAGCAAUCAACAUUCUUAUACCAAUGAAUGUGAAUACAAUGGCUACUUCGUAUGUUUCAGUUCGUUUCACUCUUUAUUAUGGAACUCAAAGUAGUCAAACGUAUGUGAAUGUAAAUGUUCUUGCAUCUGAGGCACGCGUACCAAGCUCAACAAUCGCCUAUCAGAUAGAUGCUCCCAGCUACUAUGACAAACCAAAUGAACGAACCGAUCCAGUAGUUCCAGGACAGAUGGUUCGGUAUCACUACAGGAUCAGUCUACCGAAUACAAUGUGUGCUACAUUUUCAAUGAGAUUUACACUACUGUCUAAUAUUUGGCCUGUUGAUAUAAUUGGUGCUACUCUUAUGGACUACAGUGACUUUAUAUGGUUCAGCGGUGCUGUCAACCCUGUAAUAACCAUAAGCGGUGCAGUGACAAAAAACACGGCAACCGUUGCUAUGGGAACAAUAUGUGUUCCUGAAACGUUUGAUAAUCAGAUUCUGUUCGACCUUUUUCUUCGUCCACGCAACAAUUUCGACAACAGCCUAACACCUGGUAAUCAAACAGUAUCUAUCAAUGGUCAGUUGACAGCAAGUACGAUAACUGCGGCUUUAUCUUUACCAUUAACCUCAUUUGUUAUCGUUCCGGACUACAUUAUAAGUGAAAGUAUUAUCAAGCUCCCUCCAAUCGAUAACAAUAAAUACAUACUUACGAUUAAAAAUAUUACUGCCGGAAGUUUAUUUCAACCAGGUGUCUGGCGAAGGAUUACAUUCAAUCUUCAAGUCCCUAUUGCUUCAUAUUUGCCCAAUUCAUCUAUUAUCAUCGGUGGUGCUAAUGACAGUGUUGAAAUGGAAUCAGCAUUUACUGUAAACGAUGUGUACUUGACAUUUGGAUCUAAUUUGGCAGCAUUACGUAAUGUUCAAUCUAAAUAUGUAUACACAUCAACAUACAAAUAUGGACAGCAAGAUAAAUUAGAAGUGAUAUUGGGAAAUGUUAUUAACCCAGGCUUCAAUAUACAACCUGAUUCAUCUACAUUACCGGAAAAUGACAUCAGUGUUAAUGUGUCAAUACGCUUGGCUGAUACCAAAUUUAGCUCAAAUGGAUCAGUGAUCAAACUUCCUAUUUCUGCUCAAUUCGGCAGCGUUAAAGCUGUUUCACAAAUUGGAGGUAUAGUUUCUAGAGAUGGUAAAGAGACGCUAAAUUUAGUAAUGGACUUCGUAAAUUCCGAUUCGGGUAUGACUGGUAUGACAUAUCUUCCGAAGGAUAUCAUAAAUCUCACAGUUGGGAUCCGUAUGCUAAAUACUUCAAAAAUGGAAUGUUCAAAACAACUUUUAAAUAUUUAUCAUAGUACGGCUGUCAAGUCAGCCGAGAUUUCUUAUUUUCUUCCAGCGGAUUCUCUUCAGUUUAAACCCAAUGCAACUUUAAUGGGCGCAGGAUUUACACGUUUCGAAACAAAUGGUUUCCGUUUUGACAAUAACUUAACUCUUGGAUUAAAAUUGACAUUGAACGAGGUAGUAACAUUUCCUGGUAGUAAAACAGAGGCAAAUCUGACUAUCAUCGGUGAGCUAGUUUGCCUAAUCUACAAUCGUAAUCCAACCACAAUGAAUGCUUGUAAAACUUCAUCGGUGAGGAGAAUUAUGAAAAGUGUUGUCGUAAAGGUUAGAAGGUCAACAACUGGAGAAACAGGCGUAAUUUGUGAAGAAAAUCUUGGCCUAUCUAACACUCAGUUGAUUCAACCAUGCCAGAUCACCACAUUUGUAACACCUUAUGCUGGUUUCCUAAAAGAAGAAAUAAGGCCAACUUCGAUUGUUGGAUUCAAACCAUUUCUACGUCCGGGAUCUUUCAAAAUAUUACGUUAUGUCAGUAUUUUAUUCGGAAGACAAACAAAUAUUAGUCGAAUAGACGUUAGCAUGAAAGUGUUGACGAACAGAAUUCAAAGAAUGAUUUUAAUGGGGACUAAUGAUGGUAAAGCGUUUUUCAGUGUUAGAACAGUGUCAGUCUCCUAUAAAAAUACAACUUAUGGACAAAUACUCCUCAGACCUUAUUUUGUUUCAAGGGAAUACGUUUAAUUGUUAGUGAAACAGAUCA